AAACCUACAGUUUUAUCAUGCAUGGACUUGGUUAUAACAUCAUGCAAACUCACUUAUAAGUUAUAACUCAUAUGUAAAAUAUAAACCGCCCCAUCUGCUACAUGUUUAAAUCUUUUUUUUUUGUCAAACCUGCUACAUGUUUAAAUUUAACAUGUGUAAAAUUAGUUAGAAUAAGUCAUCUAUAUUACUAGGUAUAAAUCCUAUUAAAACAAUUAUAAACCAAAUAAUAAUAGUGUAUACAACUCCAAUUACAACAUGUAAGAACUAAGCUAAUAGCUAUUGUUUGCGUAAGCACAACAUCUUUAUAUAACAUUGCAUUGCACUUGCAUGUAACAAGGAAACUAAUGACUGAGGUUGAAAAGUUUUUUCACCAAAAAGAAGCUUACUUGUUGUAUAGUAUAGCUGCUUUAAACCACCUCCAUCGGUGGGUGUUCAGGGAGGUUCUAAAAAAAAAUGAAAAAAUAAAUAAAUCAAAAAGCAUUAAACACUGCAGAACCGGUGUUAAUUUAGGCAGUUGUAGAAGUGUUAAGCAUCCUUUACGUGGCGUGUCCUUAUUCGACCUAUCAUUAAUGUCUCUCUCCCCUCCUUCGUCGCAAAUUUUUUUUUCAUUUUCUCCUCUAAUCUCCAAGCCUCCAUCUUCUCCGACGAUUCUGAGGAGAUCCUUGAGGAUGGUCAGUGAGGAAUGGGACAUGCAUUCUCCUCCUUCUUCUCCUUCUUCUCUUCCACUCAAACGCCGAUGACGAAAGCCAAAAACGGCCUCCACAAUCCUUCCGCCGGAAAGAAGCUCGUCAUAUAGCUCAACAAAGUUGAUGAAGCAUCGGACACAUUCCUCGUAGUUAGCUUCAUCGGUGAAACUCGUAUCUUUGCCAUGAAUCGUGUGGAUGAACUGGAAGAAACAGAGAUCAAGGGCUUCUUGUCUGAAGUGCGGACGUUAUUUUGCCAUGAUGCUGUGCACAAUCAACUUGUACAGGUCACUUCAAGUUCCGUUAGGCUAGUCAGUUCCGAAACUAGGGAAUUGCUGAGUAACUGGGAUGCCCCAGAUGGGCUCAACCUUAACAUUGUGACUGCAAAUGCUAGACAGGUUCUUUUGGCAAGUAAAGAUAAUUUGUUUUACCUCGAAGUUGGAGAUGGGGAAUUGAAAGGAAUGAGGCGCACCCAGUUGGACAACCCGGCAUCGUGUCUUGACAUAAAUCCCAUUGGGGCUGAUCCUAGUUGUAGUGAGCUAGCAUUAGUGGGGAAGUGGACAGAUAAUAGCAUGGAGAUUCGUAAGCUGCCAGACGUGACUCUUGUUAUUAAGAGAAAAAUAGGAGAGAACGUCAAUCCCCGAUCUGUUCUUCUUUGUGCUUUUCAAGGGGUAUGUUCCGUAGAACCUUUUUACAUAGAAAUUAGUCUAUUAACAUAGCUGAAGACUGAUGAUAAGUGGUUAGGGCCUUUUUGUUACUAGUAUCUAGCAUGAAGCUUGUUGUGCCAUUGAAAAGAUCUUGAGAUUGUUGUGAUAAAAACCAUUUUCGUGUAUGGUUCUUCUAGACGAUGUAUGCUUAUCGUGUAUGGUUCUUUUUGAGAA